GAGCCUCUGUUUUCAAGCAUUUUAUUACAAAAACAAACGCAAAGUUAAGAAGAUCGAUCGAGAGAUUUUGGAACUGAGAAAAAAUGUCGACGCUGAUUCUUUCUCCUGUUGCCACUUCCCCAAGAGACGACGCUAUAGCGCUUUACCGUGCUUUCAAGGGGUUCGGGUGUGAUACUGCAGCAGUAGUCAAUAUUCUUGCUCAUCGGGACUCAACACAGCGUGCCCUUAUCCAACAAGAAUAUAGAACAAUGUAUUCUGAUGACCUCUUGAAACGCUUGUCUAAAGAGCUUACUGGCAAAUUAGAGACAGCAGUUCUGCUCUGGAUGCACGAUCCGGCGGGACGUGAUGCACUAAUAGUCUGGCAGGGAUUACGUAUAGAGACAAAGAACCUUGAAGCUGCCACUGAAGUAAUCUGUUCCCGUACCCCAUCCCAGAUACAGCAUUUGAAGCAAAUAUAUCACUCAAAAUUUGGGGUUCCCCUUGAACAUGAUAUUGAAAGCAGUGCCUCUGGAGAUCAUAAAAAGCUAUUGCUUGCAUAUGUAAGAACACUCCGUUAUGAAGGUCUGGAAGUUGACAGAGAGAUAACCCAGAAGGAUGCAAAGGCUCUUUAUAAAGCAGGGGAGAAGAAAUUGGGAACAGAUGAGAAGACCUUUAUCCGCAUAUUUAGUGAGCGAAGCAGGGCACAAUUGGCUGCUAUUAGUUAUGCUUACAAUGACAUGUAUGGAAGUUCACUGAAAAAGGCGGUAAAGGGUGAAACGUCUGGGCUCUUCGAAUAUGCUCUUUUGACAAUUUUACGGUGCUCAGAGAAUCCUGCAAAAUACUUUGCAAAGGUGUUGCGUAAAUCUAUGAAGGGUUUGGGGACUGAUGACACCACCCUGGUGAGGGUCAUUGUGACGAGGACUGAGAUAGAUAUGCAGUACAUAAAAGUCGAAUACCUGAAGAAAUACAAGAAGACAUUGAAUGAUGCAGUCCACUCAGAAACAUCAGGUCAUUACAGGACUUUUCUUCUAUCUCUUUUGGGUCCCAACCACUAGCCAAAAGAUAGAUAUGAUCGGUGCUUUUGAAGGAUGUGCUUAUGCAACUCGAUUCAGUUGUACAGUCUCAGAUUGUGUGAUGAUUUAAGUUUCAUUGAGUGUGGAAAUAACGUGUUAAAUGUUGUAACAUAUGUAAAGAUAUUUCCUUCUUAGGAUAGGCAACUCGGCUUGCUGUACCAUAGUGAUUUGUUUGUAUUAGUUUUGUAAUUUAAAUAGCUGCUUUGUUUCA